ACUCCCAAAGCAGCGCGGUCAGAGUUGUUAGCAGCGAUCAGCCGAGAACUGUCCCUCAUCUGUGACGGAGCCGCUCACAAACACCCAGCAGACACUCCAACCCGUCCGUGGGACGCGAUCCGGGAGGGUUAGUGAGGAGGAACCGGAGCGGCGGAGCCCCCACUCUCUGCGGGCAGAGGCGACACACUUCCCCCGCUCUUCUACCAACUACAGCCCGCACGGAGCAGAAAUGAACCGGAGCUUCAAUAAGUCGCAGCCUCUGCGAAGCACCGACUGCAACGCCGUGGAAGUGAAAAGCAAGUAUGGGGCAGAGUUCCGCAGGUUUUCCGUGGACCGGGUCAAACCCGGCAAGUUCGAGGAGUUCUACAAGCUCCUCCUGCACAUUCACCGCAUCGCCAACAUGGAGAUGAUGAUCGGCUACGCCGACGUCCACGGGGACCUGCUGCCCAUCAACAACGACGACAACUUCUGCAAGGCGGUGUCCACGGCUCACCCCCUGCUCAGGAUAUUCAUACAGAGACAAGAAGAGGUCGACUACACCACCUUCGGCACCAACACGAUAACUCGUAAGAAGAAGGCGGUCGUGGCGCUGCGCAACAGUGACAUCAAUCGCAAGCGUCCUCACAUCCGCAUCGGCAUGCCGCAGGACUUCAGGCCGGUGUCCUCCAUCAUCGACGUGGACAUCCUGCCCGAAUCCCACCGCCGCGUCCGGCUCUAUCGCCACGGCUCGGACAAGCCCCUGGGAUUUUACAUCCGGGACGGGACAAGUGUCCGCGUGACGCCUCACGGCCUGGAGAAAGUUCCGGGCAUCUUCAUAUCCCGGCUGGUGCCCGGAGGGCUGGCGGAGAGCACCGGGCUGCUGGCGGUGAACGACGAGGUGCUGGAGGUGAACGGCAUCGAGGUGACGGGGAAGUCUUUGGACCAGGUGACGGAUAUGAUGAUCGCCAACAGUCACAACCUGAUCGUGACCGUCAAGCCGGUGAACCAGCGCAACAACGUGGUCCGCAGCAGCAGGAUCUCCGGCAGCUCGGGUCAGUCAUCCGACAGCAGCGGCUCCAACGGCUACCCGAGUCUGUCCGUGGCUUCGGCGAGGGAGGCGGCCUCCGGAGCGCACGGUUACCAAGACGAUCUGGAGAGCGACGAGGAUGCAGAUAUCGUCAUCGAGAGCAGCAUCAAGCGGCCGUCUCAGCGGUCCACUGCCUCUCUGGCGCCGAGCGUGUCCCGAACGCACCAGCAGACUCCGACCACGGCGUCGGGCACGGUGGCGCCGUCGAGCCCUUCCACACGUCCGUCAUCGGUGGUCUCCACCGCCUCCUUCCAUUCCCAGCCGAGCCUCAACGGAGGGUCCCACCACCACCUCAGCAGCCUCAGCUACCAGCUCCACAGAGACCUGAACCUUAAGCACAGCCAGCACCAACAGUCCCAGCACAGCCAGCACCCCCCGCAGCCGCUGCACCACAGCAGCAACCCCGCCCUCCGCCACAGCAACGGCAGCCUCCACAAAAUCCUCAGCUCCCUGAAAACGGACCCACGACACAGCCUCGCUCUCCCCAAGGGGGGGGUGGAGGAGGAUGGCACGGUCAUCACCCUAUAAUACUCCCAAACACAGAGACGUAAAACAUCCCACAUGCUCAGAGACUGAACUGGAGCUGCAGGCCGGAUGAAAACGGCAGUUUUUGGUCGGAUACUAACUGUGUAAAUUCUGUUUUACAAGAUCAUGGAUCAUAGAAAGUUUCCAACGAGAAUAAUGUAUAUAUUUCAUGUGUUUUUAAAAGUUUUCUUCGUCUUAAUUAAGAAGGUUCUUGAAAAGCAUCGGAACAAAUAACCUUUUGGGCAAGUCCACUGUCGCCUGAAGUUCUGAAUGUACUUACGACCCGACACCGUGUCUGAGUGACCACUUAAGAUCUGUUUUGGUUUUUUAUUCUUGUUACUGGGACCAACAUGGGGUUGUUUUUUUCAAGCCCGUGUUUAUGGAUGUUUUUAAAGAGUAAAUCUAUAUUUCUUAUAUACUGAUAAAUCCUGUGUAGAGCUUGUUUUUAAUAGGUCUUCUAUGGAUUGAUGAUUGUGAUCAAAUCUUUGUAUCUUUUUCAAUAAAUUAUUCUGCCUCACAUUUAUCCAGA